UGUAAUAUGAUCGUUUUGUAUUUGAAAUAAACAAUUAUUCGGCACGAAAACAUUUUAGUUUACAAGUUUUCAAAAUGGAAUUCAGUGAUAUACAUGAGAAAAACCAAUGUGAUACUAGCAGCAUCAAUACGACUGUAUUGUAUGAGAACACAGGCGUUAGAUCUGUGAAACAAAAUGAAUCGCACAAAGUGGGAGAAAUAGAAAAAGAUGAGGGACAUUACGAGCAGCUACGGUUAGAUAGCAAACCUGAUAAAAACAAAGGUAUUUCGCAGGAGGCGGAUUUGAACCGGCUAAAACUUGUGGUAUAUAUAAUGUCAGCGUUGGUACUUGUACUCUUCAUUGCAGUUAUUGUUCUGAUAAUCGUCAUUGCCGUGCCGAACGGACAGGUCGCUGGUAAAUGGGCACAAUGGUCAGACUGGACCUCAUGUGACGUCACAUGUGGUAUCGGAACUCAUACACGGACUCGGUCAUGUACAAACCCGGCACCCGCACACGGAGGAACUGGUUGUACCGGAGAAAGUACAGAAAAUAAGAAAUGCUCGGAGCAUUUUUGCCCAGUGACAGAUGGUGGCUGGACAAACUGGGGUACGUGGUCUACAUGUACUGUGACUUGUGGCGGAGGGAUGCAGGCGAGGACAAGGACAUGAACGAACCCGAAACCCUCUGAUCAGGGAGAAUAUUGUACUGGGGAUCCACUACAUACACAGUCAUGCAGCCUCGAAAAAUGUUCACUCACGGUGUCUGCUUUCUCUGUUGAUAAACCACACAACCGCUCGAACGUCGAUGGUAUAUCUAGACUUACAUUCUCCCACAUAAUAUACAAGCUUGGUGAUGAUUUUGAUUUGUCGUCUGGAACUUACAACUGCUCCA